CACCAGCCCAGCCAUCGUCGUUUGCUCUCAAACAGUCAUCAUUUCGGGACACUUCCUGGGCGACGGGGGACACGUUUUUGGGAGCAGACACAUUCUUUAUCACUGUCUAGAUGGCUUCUAAGAGACCCGCUGAAGGUUCGAUGGCCACAGCGUCCACUUCGAAGCGCCAGAAAUGGUCUGGCGACGUCGAUGAAUACAUGGAUGUAGAGGAGUACGUUAGUGACUCGGGCGCCGAGUCCUCUUCCCUCGUUCCGCGUGGAACGACUAUCAAUUUCAGCGCUCUCACUCGCAAACUUGCGGAGGCGCGUCGAGCGAGGAACACCAGUGCAGCGGCGGAUGGAGAGGGAAGCAUGUUAGAUGCACACCGUCGUCAGCAAGAUAGCCUUGUCUCCCAUAUCUUCAUGCAACAUGAUUUUUCGUGGUUGCAUCUGAAACCUGAUCACGCUUCACGACCACUCUGGAUCAGCCCAGAAGAUUGCCACAUUAUUCUUGAGGCCUUUUCGCCCAUUGCUGAGCAAGCCCAGGAUUUCCUUGUAGCUAUCAGUGAACCUGUUAGCAGACCGGCCUUCAUACACGAGUAUAAACUUACACCCUACUCGCUGUACGCUGCGGUUUCUGUGCCUGUCCCGGAGAGCAUCACAAGCUUGAUCCGCGAACGAACGCACUCGUAUGGGAAAGUGAAGCUUGUGCUCAAACAUAACAAGUAUUACAUAGAAAGCACCUAUCCUGAGACCCUUCAGUUUCUCCUCAAAGACAAAACGAUUCGCGACGCUCGAGUCGCCACGGACGACGCUAUGAAGGGCUUCGCGACCGCUAAGGCACCCAUUAAGGGCAAUCUGGUUAUACCUGGCACACGGGAAGCUGAGAAGAAGAGGGAUGAGGCUACAGCUGGUCGACCCGGAGUUCCACCGGCGGCGGCAGGCUCAAGGGAUGGUGAUCUCUUUACCUCGAUAGUUGGGGUGGAGGGCGAUGAAAUUGACGAAGAUGACGAGAAUGUCCAUGCUUUCGAAAUUGACGAUGCCAAAAUCGAUGACGUCAAAAAGCGGUGCAACGAACUCGAAUAUCCCAUGUUGGAAGAAUACGACUUCCGGAACGAUACCAUUAACCCGAACUUGGAUAUCGACCUGAAACCAGCCACGGUCAUCAGACCAUAUCAGGAGACGAGUCUGAGCAAGAUGUUUGGAAACGGUCGUGCUCGUUCCGGGAUUAUUGUUCUUCCGUGUGGGGCGGGGAAAACAUUGGUGGGAAUCACUGCGGCAUGCACAAUCAAGAAAUCCUGCCUCGUUCUUUGUACGUCAUCUGUGUCCGUUAUGCAAUGGAGGCAGCAAUUCAUGCAGUGGUCCAAUGUAACCGACCGCCAAAUUGCUGUCUUCACGGCCGACCAGAAGGAGAGGUUUGCCGGUGAGAGUGGCAUUGUCAUUUCUACGUAUUCCAUGGUUGCAAAUACCCACAAUCGGUCGCACGAGUCCAAGAAGAUGAUGGAAUUCCUUACCUCGCGCGAAUGGGGGUUCAUCUUGCUGGACGAGGUCCAUGUCGUGCCUGCAGCAAUGUUCCGACGAGUGGUCACGACCAUUAAGGCGCAUUCGAAACUUGGUUUGACAGCAACACUCGUCAGGGAAGAUCAGAAGAUAGAGGAUUUGAACUACAUGAUUGGACCCAAACUCUACGAGGCAAAUUGGAUGGAUCUCGCUGCCAAAGGUCACAUCGCGAACGUGCAGUGUGCUGAGGUAUGGUGUCCGAUGACACCUGAGUUCUACAGAGAGUAUCUUCGGGAACAGUCCCGCAAACGGAUGCUUCUGUAUUGCAUGAACCCAAAGAAGUUCCAAGCCUGCCAGUUUUUAAUCAACUAUCAUGAGUCCCGAGGAGACAAGAUCAUCGUCUUUUCUGACAACGUCUACGCUCUGGAGGCAUACGCAAAGAAACUGAGAAAACCGUAUAUCCAUGGAGGGACUGGGCAGGUUGAGCGGAUGCGCGUGUUGCAGUGGUUCCAGCAUGAUUCGAACGUAAACACGAUCUUCCUCUCCAAGGUUGGCGAUACGUCAAUAGAUCUGCCAGAAGCCACUUGCCUCAUUCAAAUCAGUUCGCACUUCGGGUCGCGGCGACAAGAGGCCCAACGAUUAGGUCGCAUCUUGCGGGCAAAGCGCCGUAACGACGAGGGAUUUAACGCGUUCUUCUAUUCGUUGGUGUCGAAGGACACCCAGGAGAUGUUUUACAGUACGAAGCGCCAGCAAUUCCUCAUCGACCAGGGGUACUCGUUCAAGGUCAUCACGCACCUCGAUGGGCUGGAAGAUCUACCUGAUCUCGUGUACAAGACCAAGGACGAACAGAUAGAGCUAAUAUCGUCCGUGCUGUUGGCGAACGAGAGCGAGGCAGAGCUUGGGUCGGAUAUCCGCGCGUCCGAGGGGGACCUCUCCGGGACCAUUACCUCGAAAGAUUUCGGCCCUGCGAAGUUUCCGACGGUGCAAAGGACGACGGGCUCGCUUACCGCGCUCAGUGGUGCCCAGCAUAUGUCGUAUAUGGAGCAGAAUAAAUCUGCAAACAAGAAGCUUGCACGGGAUGCACCGCAACGCCACAAAUUGUUCUCGAAGCGUGACAAGGAGAAGGCAGCUGCGAGGAAGGAAGCCAGGGCAGCGGGACGAGCACAGUAAGAGAUCUGUGUAGUAGAUGGUAUCGUACUAUGACACGUUUUACGCUAAUACGACCGUCCAUUGCCUGUCAGUUGAUCCGAAAGCGACCACCGGGGAGUAAGAGCUGAACGAGGUGGGGUCAUGUGUCUGAACCACAUGUGUGAUGGCAAAGGAUCACCGGGACUUGGGAUGCUUUUGUUGGGCUGGUAGUACACCCAGCAAAUAAACAGGGUGUGUUGUGACACGAGGACCGUAUCCUAAAAGGGAUCGUGACGAUGGUAGUAGAUGUGCCACCAGCAAACUCAAACGACGGAUGCGGAAUUCAGUUCUUGCGACGGAGCUCCACGCAUGUCCGGGAUGGGGAGCAGUGAUAACGAAAUGAUGGGGGUGCUCACAGCCCCAACGACGGGCCAACGUCGUCCGACGCGUGGUCUCGGCGCCUCGUUGGGGGAG